UUAUAUCGACGUCCUGAAGUUCGCUUUGAACUCUGGGAGGUUUGUCCUCUUUAGUUGACAUUGCAAAUUGGGCUUUAUUCGAUAAAGAGGAGAAUAUCAGUAUGAGUGGGUACUCAGCGGAUGAAAAACUUCGCUUAGCGCAGUUAACAAAGCUGCGGCGGCAGUGGCUCAAAGACCAGGAGCUUAGUCCUCGAGAACCCGUCCUUGCGCCCAAAACACCCGGCCGCCUCGAGAGAUUCUGGGCUGAGUUUCUGCAGCCCAAGACGCUCUGGAGACUAUACACGUUUAAAGCCUAUAACGCCGGUGUCUUUGCUGUCACGAGGGUUCUGAUCCCAGCCUGGAUCGUGCAUUACUACAUGAAGUACCACGUCACUAAAAUACCAUAUGGAAUUGUUAGUCUUAAGCAGAGACUGUUUCCUGGAGACACCAUUUUGGAAACAGGAGAAGUUGUCCCAGAUCUUCCUGCAGAAGACGGUCACGGUCAUCACUGAAAACCGAGAUGUAUAUUCAGUAUAGACGUACGGAAUAGUCUGCCCUUGUUGUAAAAACAUGUUUGUGUAUUAUAUCAAUAAAAUUUCUCAUACAGA